UCAUCAAUUAGAAUAAACAGCAUCGGUAUCCAGGAGAGGACGUCCGCUGAAAUCAUCAAGAAAUGGAGAGAUAUUUCAUCUCAAACUAAAAAGAAAGAGGCCCAUUACAGAAGGGAACUUGUAAGAACUGGCGGUGGACCUGCUCCUGCUCCUGUCAACUCCUCCGACAUCGGUCAAAAGGUUGUUGCAAUAAUAGGCAAGACAUCAAUAGAAGGUGUAGAAGGCGGGUUUGAUACAGAUGAUGUUAAUGAGGUCGAUCUCUUUAAGGUAGAAGAUGUGUGGCUCUCGCCAGCUACAUCUACAUCUGAGCUAGCUGCCGUCCCAACACCACGGCAAACCCCAGGUCCAUCCUCUAGUGAACAAGCCGCUACCCCAACACUUCUGGAGGCUCCAGAGAAGCACCUUCAACCAACCAAAACGAAUGGGUUUUUCUGA